AUGGCGCUGAGGCGAGUCCCCGCCCCGGCCUUUCUGUCCGCGGGCCGCCGAGACGCCGCCUGCCGCGUCGUUUUCCUGCUGGAAAGCCUUCCCUGCCCCCGCCCGCCCAGCGCCGAGUCACGUCCGCCCCCGGGAGUCCCAGUCCAUAAUGCCUGCUGCCUUCCCUUCUGGAUCCUGGUGACCGCUCUGCCCCCGGGGAGAGCAGAGAGUCACAGAAAGCCAUUGAAAAAUAAGAUUGGGUCCAGCUCUCAGUUACAUCUUGCUAAAAUGAAGAGAUUUCAGUCUGAGACGAAAGUAUACGAACGUCAUCAAGUUGAGAAGUUGAUCAGUAGUACAUCCUCCGUUGUGCCACUUCAAAGAACUGGCAAAACCAACAUUUAUGGUAAAUAUGGGAAGGUUAUUAUGCAUACGUCAUUGCUUACCCAACAGAAAAUCCAUACUAUAGAAAAGUCUUACCGAUGUAAUGAAUGCGGGAAGGCAUUCAGCCAGUGCUCAGUCCUCAUCAAUCAUCUCAGGAUUCAUUCUGAGCGGAGACCGUACAAAUGCAGUGAGUGUGACAAAACCUUUACAGAUCAGUCAAAUCUUACUCAACACAAGAGAAUCCACUCUGGAGAAAAACCUUACAAAUGUAAUGAAUGUGGUAAGGAAUUUACCAGACGUUCAUACCUGUGGGGUCAUGAGAGAAUUCAUACUGGAGAGAAACCUUAUAAAUGUAAUGAUUGUGGCAAAGCCUUUAACCGGCUCUCCAACCUCAACAGGCAUCAGAGAAUCCAUACUGGAGAGAAACCCUAUAAAUGUAAUAUAUGCGGCAAGGGUUUUACCAUCAGUUCACACCUUUGGGGGCAUGAAAGAAUUCAUACUGGAGAGAAACCUUUCAAAUGUGAUGACUGUGGCAAAACUUUUACUGAGCGUUCAAAUCUUACUCAGCAUAGGAGAAUCCAUACAGGUGAGAAGCCUUACAAAUGUAAUGAGUGUGGUAAGGAUUUUCCCACACGAUCACACCUUUGGGGUCAUAAGAGAAUCCAUACUGGAGAGAAGCCUUAUAAAUGUAGUGAAUGUGGUAAAGCCUUUACUGGGAGUUCUAAUCUUACUCAACAUAUGAGAAUCCAUACUGGAGAGAAACCCUAUAAAUGUAAUGUAUGUGACAGGGCCUUUAGUCAAAACUCAAGCCUUACUAUUCAUCAGAGAAUUCAUACUGGAGAGAAACCUUACCAAUGUAAUGAAUGUGGGAAAGCCUUUAAGCAACAGAAUGAUGUCAGGAUUCACCAAAGAAUUCAUAGUGGAGAGAAUACUCACAAUGCAGCCAAUGUGGUAAAUCGUUUAAACAUUUUCCACAAAGAACCAGUCAUCAGAGAAUUCAUUCUGGAGGGAAAUAAGUCUAUAGUUGUCAUUGAAGAUUAA